AUGAACGGAGGGGGGAGGGAGGGGCUUUUUCUCCGGCGGGUGCGUUGCCUUCCCACUUUUAUCCGCCAAGUGUUUUUGCGACGUUUUGCUGUCGGGAAUGUAGUGGUUUGCUUCUCUCUCUCUCUCUGUGUGUGUGUGUGUGUGUGCGAUUUCCCCUUCUGUAUUAUUUUUGUUUUUAGUUUCGCGUCUUUUGCACGUAGAGUGGAAAGAGCACUGAAAAAAAAAAAAAAAAAAAGUAGGGCCUUUUGCCUUCUUGAUAACUUUUUUUUUUUCUUUUGGUUCACAUUUUGGCAGCCCAUCAGCAUCCAUCUUUGCUCUGAGGAGUCCCUCAUGUUUCGCUGCUCCCUCCGCGGUCUGCAAAAGGCGUUUGAGAGCCACACAACAACGUUGGAAGAUAAGAGCUUCAAGGGAAAGGCGAAGUCGGAACUGAAGAAGCUGCUGAAGAUUCAGCUUGUUUUGAUCCCCAUUGUUGUGGCGUGGGUCAUGUUUGCCUUUCCGCACCCGUCCGUAGAAGAAGAGAAGCGGCUACGUGCGGAGUACGAGAAGAACGCUGGUUGGAAGACGUAA